GUCAUACGUAACAUUACGCAUGUCAACAUAGGUGGACAGUGCAGGGGGGAAGCAGCUGGAAGUACGCAAACCGUGACCUGCAAAUGCUAAUUGGAUGCAUUUUUUUAAACAAAAGACCAAAGGAAAAACCGCGUAACCGUGAGGAAUCUAAAGCAGUUUUAUGCAUGAACAUAAACGCUUUCUCUGAAGAUUAGAGACUUGUUGGUUCGCCCUGGGUUAGCUUACAUCUGAAACGCUUGUUAGCUUAUAGCUAGCAAGUGGUGGCAGCAUUAUAGCAGCUGUAUACCUUUAACGGGGCUUCAGAAAUCUAUUUAUCAAUUUGCAUUUUGAGUAUUUCCUUAGCUAAACACUGACACCCUGGUUAUUUACUUUCAAUCUUAUAACUAUUUCAUGAAUUGCACGAGUUAUAACCUGAAUUCGUGCUGCAUGAAGUAAAAUUUGUCCAGUGCUGUUCCUUCGUUUGUAAGUGGUGUAUUUUUUAAUCAUUAAUAUUGCCUGUAAUAAGGUGAAUUGUAUGCUCCGUAUUACAUAUUAGUAUGAUUGGAAUGAGCAUUAAAGCGGGAGAAUGAGAGUGAGUGUUCAUCAAAAAGGAUGCCUUCAUCGUUCUCUUAAGAUUGUCCUGUUCAGCGUGUCGAUUAGCUGACCAACACCCCGGUCUAACAACUGCCACGAGUGCCCGGUGUUUUUGGUGGACAUCGGAGUCUCAUGGCUGGUGUGAGUGGAGCCAGCAUGUUGAGUGGUCCCGGGAUAGCAGGAGCGCAGCCUGCCCUGUCCCUCACCAACAUCUCGGUGGCCCCCAGUGCGAACCCUGCCGCUGAUACCCGGGGCUGCGAGAAUGGGGCACUUAUGGACUCCUUUGGGAUUUUCCUACAAGGUCUCCUGGCUGUGAUGGCCUUCAGCAUCCUUAUGUUAAAACGUUUUCGGGAGCCCAAACAUGAAAGACGGCCAUGGAAAAUCUGGUUUCUUGAUACUUCUAAACAGGCAAUAGGAAUGCUAUUCAUUCACUUUGCUAAUGUCUACUUGUCUGACCUCACAGAGGAGGAUCCCUGCUCACUAUAUCUCAUUAACUUUCUUUUGGAUGCUUCUUUGGGGAUGUUGCUAAUCUAUGCUGGUGUACGAGCUGUCAGUGCAAUAGUUGAGUGGAGACAGUGGGAAUUUCUGCGUUUUGGAGAAUAUGGGGAGCCUGUACAAUGCACCGCUUGGCUUGGUCAGUGUAUCCUCUACAUUCUCAUUAUGAUGUUUGAAAAAGUUCUCAUCAUGCUAGUUCUUCUCAUCCCCCAGUGGAAACAGUUGGCUGUGCUCAACCCCAUUAACAACCCUGAAUUGGAGCUUGCAAUUGUCAUGCUUAUUGUUCCGUUCUUCGUCAAUGCCCUAAUGUUUUGGGUUGUUGAUAACUUUCUCAUGAAGAAACACAGAACAAAAGCAAAGAUUGAAGAAAGGGAGGAAGACUCACGGGGCAAUGGCAAAGUUCGCUACAGGAGAGCCAUGUCACAUGACGACUCAGAGUCUGAGAUCCUCUUCUCAGCUGAUGACGAGAUGGAUGAAUCGGAAGAGGAUGAUGUCCGUCGUCUCACCGGCCUGAAGACUGUUAAGAAAAAGAAACAUCGUAUGGGGAUCCCCGUUUGACCUGUACCUCCAAAAACUUGUUUUGAAUAUACCCGGUAGCAGAUCACCUCACAAAAGAAUCCACAUUCCCCUUUACUGAACAGACUUGAGAGGUACGCAAAGGAACACAUCAAGGCUACUCAUUUCAACUUUUGGGUUUUUUUUUGUUUUUGUCUUUUUUGCUUGUUUUUUACAGGGAACAAAUAUGCAUUAACCUGUCAGCUGUGGAUGUCUGUUACAUUUUUGUAUAAUAAUGAUUUUUUUUUCUUACUAUAACCACUUCUUCCUACUACAUUACUCAUUACAUUUUACAUAUUACAUCAAACUACUGAGUUGCACAUCAUGUAUGAUGUAUAUUCCAUUAUCCAUGUCUGGGUAAUGGAAUGUUUAAUAACAAUUAAAAAAAAAAAAAAAAAUGAGAUGCCUUUCAAGAGUCGAGGUCACAGUUAUUGUUUGACUUUCAACUACGCGUUCUUCAUUGUCCUGUAAUCUGUGUGUUUGUGUACAAGUCAUGUGGUCAGAAAGGAAAUUGCUGUAAAUGAACACUAGAACAAUGACAAACAAAAUUGUCAAUAAAAAGGGAUGAUGGUUUGAAAGAGAGGAGGGAAAAAAAAUGUCAUCCAUUCCUAAUGGAGAUAUGUGUAGCUCACCAUUUAGAAAUGAUAAUAAUGAUGAUAAUAAUGAUAAGAAUAAUUGAGAAAUACUUGAAUUUUGGAAAUGAUUAAAAUACCUAUGGAUUAGUGAAAGAUCACUUUGAUUUGCAGGACUAUAAGAAAACAAAUAACAAAAUAAUCAAUCAUCUAUGUUGAAAAGACCAACGUGUCCCGCAGUGAGCACAGAAUAGUGUUUUCUCUUAUUUGAAAUGCUUUGGUGUUCUCUGUGUUGUCUGAGCCUUGUCUUAUUCUGUAUUUUCAUGUUUUGGGCCAAAUUUUGAACAGCUUUGGUAAAGUGUUUGAUUAUUUUAUGUUAUUGUUGAGGAAUUUGCACAAACUGUUUUUCCCUUUUUGUAUUUGUGUUAAAUAAUGUGCCUGAGUGAACUUACCAGCAGGUGUAUUAUUUUGUGUUUUAUUCUGUUUUUUUUGUAUUAUAGUUGAUGUAUUCCACCAGGGCCUUGGGGACUUCAGCUGGCUCUGAUCUCAUGAAUGUGACAUGCAUAGACCCAUAAACUGUUAAUGACUAUGGACCAGGACCAUGCCGGAGAUAGUUAGUGGCUUGAGUGCAGUUUAUUUUCAUUUGUUUUUUACAACUGGGUGUUUGGGAUGACAGAAUGCAUGGCAGAUCUAUCAAUAAUACUGAAUGAGUAAACCGACUUAUUACCCAUUACCAUAUUUUGGGUACAAUAAGUAACUGAUUAUUUAUGAAAGUUGUAAGGAGGAUCAUGGUUUAGUAUUGUGUGUUACUACUCAAUUAAAAUGAUAAAUUAUUAUUAUUGAAGCUUUUCCAAUAAACAUUGUAACA